ACCGGUGAGAUGUUUCAUUCAUCCGACUUCACAUGAAAAAGGACUACAGCUGUCGUGUGCAUCCCCCGGCCUACCUACCGCCGGGGUUUCGAAUGUGCACGUUUCCACCAUGGGAGGCAAGUUCACGCUCCAUUGCACGUUUCCACCAUGGCCAAAAGGGCGAUUUCAUUGCAUCUUUCAGUAUUUUAGGCACAUCACCGUACGCAUGAGCAGCAGAGACAGCAGUGAGUUCAUCUUCAUGAUCAUUGCGCUCGCUGGACAUAUGUACCUCAUCAACCUACACACAUACAGGCAUGCAACACACAUAGACACAACACAGCAGAGAGGUGAAACGCGUGAGUGAGUAUUGGUACGUACGUAUGCGUCACACACGAAAUGAAUUCACACACACAUACAAACACGUAGCCCAGCUGUCUGUCUAUCCCUUUCCCCUUCUGACUGACCAGGCCAUUCAUGUACUUCUGCAUGAGCGUCUGGUACUCCUCAGUGGUCCACACACACUUGACGGUCUCGGUCCCAGGCAGCGAUGGUAUCCGCCAGCGAAUGAAGUCCUCCAAUGUCACGCGCGUGACCAUCUCGGGGUCGAGAGUGGCCGUCUGGAGUGAGCCGACGUGGUAGUCCUUGUAGCGGUCCUCAGGGAAGUGAACGUGUCGGCCUGCUCGUGUCGUCGUGCCCUGUGGCUGAGCUGCCUGCUCAGCUGGGGGCUGAGCUGCAGGUGCCGGUGGGUCAGCUGCCAU